CGAGCCGGAGCCCCGCAGCCGCGCCGCGCCGCCCAGCCGAGGGGCCCCGGCCGGCCCGGGGGGAGCCCCUGAGGGGGAGCCGGGGCCGCCAGCACCGCCCGCCGCCCUCCCCCGGGCGGCUCCCGCAGGCCGCAGCCCCCGGGGCCCGGCCCGGCCGCGGGAGUCGCUGCGGCGCUGCCCGCGGCCUCGGCCCUGGCAGCGGCAGGAUUUGGGACUGGAAAUUGCCAUGGAAUUCCCGAGCUUUUAGGAUUUCCCUGGAAAAUCCCAAAUUUUCCAUGAGCCAGCCCUCACCUCCACAAUUCCCAGGUGCUCCGUAGGCUCCACCAUGAGCGGCCUCGGCGACGGCGGCGCCGACCCGGCGGGAACCGAGUGCCGGAAACGCCGCGGGUCCCCCGGAGAGCCCGCCCAGAGCGCGGAGAAGCGGCGGCGGGAGCAGGAGCAGCGCUACCUGGCCGAGCUGGCCGAGCUGCUCUCGGCCAACCUGGGCGAGCUCGACUCGCUCGGGGCCAAGCCCGAGCAGGGGCAGAUCCUGAAAAAAACCGUGGACCAGAUCCAGCAGAUCAAACGCCUGGAGCAGGAAAAAACGACGGAUGACGACGUGCAGAAGUCGGACAUCUCCUCGAGCAGCCAGGGCGUCAUCGAGAAGGAGUCGCUGGGGCCGCUCCUGCUCGAGGCCCUGGACGGGUUCUUCUUCGUGGUGAACCGCGAGGGGCGGAUCGUGUUCGUGUCGGAGAACGUGACGGGCUACCUGGGCUACGGGCAGGAGGAGCUGAUGAACUCCAGCGUGUACAGCAUCCUGCACGUGGGCGACCACGCCGAGUUCGUCAAGAACCUGCUCCCCAAAUCCCUGGUGAACGGGGUGCCGUGGCCGCAGGAGCCGUCGCGGCGGGGCAGCCACACCUUCCAGUGCCGCAUGCUGGUGCGGCCGCCGGACGAGGCGGGCGCGGAGCAGGCGGAGCUGCGGCAGCGCUACGAGGCCAUGCAGUGCUUCACCGUCAGCCAGCCCCGCGCCUUCCAGGAGGAGGGGGAAGAUUUCCAGUCGUGUCUGAUCUGCAUCGCCCGGAGGUUGCCGCGCCCGGCCGCCCCGGCCCCGACCGAGUCCUUUGUCACCAAGCAGGACACCACAGGAAAAAUCAUCUCCAUCGACACCAGCUCGCUGCGCGCCGCCGGCCGGACGGGCUGGGAGGAUCUGGUGCGGAAAUGCAUCUACGCCUUCUUCCAGCCCCAGGGCCGCGAGCCCUCCUACGCCAAGCAGCUCUUUCAGGAAGUGAUGACGCGGGGCACGGCCUUCAGCCCCUCGUACCGCUUCACGCUGAGCGACGGCUCCGUGCUGAGCGCCCACACCAAGUGCAAGCUCUGCUACCCCUCGAGCCCGGAGCUGCAGCCCUUCAUCAUGGGCAUCCACGUCAUCGACAGGGAUCACGGAAUUCUCUCCCCCCAGGACGCCCCCGGGCCGGGCCUGGCCCUUCCCAGGGUGAAUCCCAACGUUUCUCCGGCGCCGGGAAUGGCGCUGCCGCCUUCCCUCCCUCCAUCCAACGGCUCCGUCAUGGCCGCGCCCUCCCCUCACCCCGGCAAUUCCACCUCGGGCCAAGGGAAUUUCGGGAAUCCUCUGGGAUCCAACGUUGCCUUAAGCCAAACUCCCGGGAAUUCCCACCCUUUAUCCCACGGCAGCUCCCCCAUGAACAGCCCCGGAAUUCCGGUGCCGCAAUUCCUGUCGCCGCGGCACCGCAGCAGCCCGGGCUUGAUUCCCAGAUCCCGAGCUCCUCCCGGCAAUCCCUUCUCGCCAGCCAUGCACUCCCCGGCUUCCUCCUCCUCUUCCUCAUCCUCAUCCUCCUCCUCGUCCUCUGGGAAUUCCCGGCCUUUUCCCAACGCUCCCGUCACCGCCGCGCUUCCGGAGCCUCCGGCAAAUCCGGGAUUUUUGAGGCAGCCAAGCUCCCAAAACUCUCCCGGCCGCGUCGGCGGCAAAUCCGACGCCAAGGACGGCAAGGAGAUCUCUUCCAUCCUGGGCGAGAUGAUCCAAGGGGACUCCGACAAAACCUCGGAGCCGGGAAUUCCGCACGCAUCCGAGGGAGGCGACGCCGCCGGGAAGUGUCCCCAGGGCACGAGCCACCGGCUGGUGCAGCUGCUGGCCAGCACGGCCGAGCAGCAGCUGCGGCACCACCACGCCGACGCCGACACCAGCUCCAAGGAUUCCUUGGUGUGCGCCGGCGUUCCCGGGAAUUCCGUGCCGGCUCCGUCCUGCCCGUCCUCGCACAGCUCGCUGACGGAGCGCCACAAAAUCCUGCACCGCCUGCUGCAGGAGGGCAGCCCCUCCGACAUCCCCGGCCUGGCCUCCUGCGAGGACAAGAAGGAGAAUUCCGGCGGGAAUUGCGGCGGCGGGAAUGCCGGGAUGGCGGAGGCGGAGAAGAAGAAGGAAUCCAAGGAUCACCAGCUGCUGCGGUACCUGCUGAAUAAGGACGAGAAGGAGGCGGCGGCGCCGGCCGCGCUCAGCCUGGACGACGUCAAGGUCAAGGUGGAGAAGGGCGAGGCGGCCGAGCCGUGUCCGGCCGCUCCGGCCGCCGUUCCCAAAAUUCCCGCCGGCGACGAGGUCAAGAUGGAGGCGCCGGGACAGUUCUCAGCCGAGCUGGAGCAGCUGGAUCAGCUCCUCCCUUCCCUGGAGAAGGCGGCGCCGAUUCCCGGGAUCUGCGGCCCCGACAGGAGCGACCCCCCCCUGCAGCCCAGCACCGCCCCCAGGGCCCCCUCAGGGCUGCCGGAGCUGGAGGUGGGCGUGGCCGAGCCCGGCCUGGCUGUGCCGGAGCCGCUGCCCUGGGCCGACCCCGCCCUGGCCAAGAGCAACGAGCUGGAGGAGCUGCUGCUGCUGCCGCCGGGCAGCGCCGAGGGCCGCAGCGAGGAGAAGGCGCUGCUGGAGCAGCUGGUGACCUUCCUGAGCGGGAGGGACGAGACCGAGCUGGCCGAGAUCGACCGGGCCCUGGGCAUCGACAAACUCGUGCAGGGCGGCGCCCUGGACGCUCUCCCCGAUCGCUUCCAGCCCCACCCGGCCCCGGCUCCGCCUCCCCCGCUGCUCCUGGAGCCCAAACCCGGCAUCUUCUCCCAGCCCUUCCCUCCUUCCUCCUCCUCCUCCUCCUCCUCCUCCUCCUCCUCCUCCUCGGCCUCUCCCGCCGCCUUCCCGGCCGUGCUGCGCCAGAAGCCGCCCUUCGGCGCCCUCCCUCCUCCUCCUCCUCCUCCUCCUCCCGCUCCUCCUGCUCCUCCUGGUGCUGCCGUGGGGGCUCGUGGAACGUUCCAGAACAGCCCCGGGGCCGCCCUGGGCAUGGCCCGGCCGGGGCUCGGCCGCCCCCCGAGCGCCCCCAACCAGCUCCGGCUGCAGCUGCAGCAGCGCCUGCAGGGCCAGCAGCAGUUGCUGCAGCAGAACCGCCAGGCGGCGCUGCUGGGACACUUCGGGCCGCCCGUGGGGCUCUCGCUGCGCGCCGGGAUCCCGCAGCAGCAGCAGCCGCAGCCCCCCCUGAACGCUCAGAUGCUGGCGCAGCGGCAGCGGGAGCUCUACAGCCAGCAGCACCGCCAGCGGCAGCUGAUGCAGCAGCGCGCGCUCCUCAUGCGCCAGCAGCAGCAGCAGCAGCAGCAGCAGCAGCAGCAGCAGAAUUUCGGGAAUUCCCCCCUGGGCACCCCCCUGGGGACCCCCCUGGGCACCCCCCGGCUGCCGCAGGGCCCGGCGCAGCAGCAGUUCCCGUUCCCGCCCGCCUACGGUACGAGCGGCGCUGCCGGAGCCGCCUUCGGCAGCCCCGAGGCGGCGCUGGGGAGCCGCGGGGGCCUCGGCGGCCGCGCCGCGAUGGGAACGGCGGCGGCGGGAGCGGGAGCGCCCUUCGGAGCCGGCAUGGGCCCGGCCGGGAUGCAGCAGAACCUCUUCCAGUACCCGGGGGCAGGGCUGGGCCAGCAGAGCGAUCCGUCGGGAUUCGCGCCGGCGCUCAGCCCCGGCAGCCCCCUGGUGUCGCCGCAGCUGCCGCCGGCGCCGCCCGCGCCCGGCUACCAAUCGCCGGAGCUGAAAUCCUGGCAGGCCGGGAACGUCGGGAAUAACGGCGUUUUCGGCCCGGCGGGCGCGGCGGCGGCGCCGGCGGCUCCGCAGGGGAUGUACAACAACAUGAGCAUCACCGUCUCCAUGGCCGGCCCCGGCGUUCCCGGCCCCGGCAUUCCCGGCUCCGGCGUUCCCGGCGCCAUUCCCGGCUCCGGCGUUCCCGGCUCCGGCGUUCCCGGCGGCUCCGGCGUUCCCGGCGGCGUUCCCGGCAUGGGCGCCAUGGGCGGCGGCAUUCCCAUGAAUCCCGUCAUGGCCGGCAUCAACUCCAUGUGCUCGGAGCAGGUCCCGGAGGCGGCGCUGAGGCCCCCAGGGCUCUACUGCAGCCAGCUGGGCCCCGCGGAGCUGCUCAAGGCCGAGCCCGACGGCGCCCAGGUGCAGCAGGUCCAGGUGUUCGCCGACGUCCAGUGCACGGUGAAUCUGGUGGGAGAUCCCUACCUCAACGCGCCGGCUCCGUUGGCCAAUCCCAAAAAUCCUCCUCCUCCUCCUCCUCCUCCGCCGGGACAAGGGAAGAGCCUCCUCCAGCAGCUGCUGACGGAAUAAAACCCGGAAUGUUGAAAACUUCCCCCCUCCAAAAAAAAAAAAAACCCCAAAAAAAACUCAAAAAAUGGACACAAAUAAUAAGAGAGAGAGGAAAUUA